CUUUGUCGCCGCUUCCGUCACCAACUCACAGACACUCACUCACCGUCGAAGCCAUGGCGAGCCUCUUACUUCUUCUACUGGUUGUGAUGGGAGGCAGAAGCUACACUAGGAUGGCUCAGGGGCUGGUUUACGCAGAGACAACCGCCUUUAGUGACGCCUAUUACCAGGACCCCAUAGCCGCCUUGGCCGCCAGCAUCCCCGGCGGCGGCGUCCCUGGUCUAAACUACCCGAUCCUGGCCUCUGUACCUUACACCCGGUUCUCCUGUGAGCAUCAAGAGUGUCCGGGUUAUUACGCUGACACCGCUGACUUGUCCCGCUGUCAAGUCUUCCACAUCUGUCAGUAUGAUGGCCGCCAAGACUCCUUCCUAUGUCCCAACGGCACCAUCUUCAGCCAGAAAUACUCAGUGUGUGACUGGUGGUAUAAUGUGGACUGUUCCUACUCCAAAAAGUUCCUCGCGGCACAACACUCCAAAAGUAUUGUCUCCCAGAACUUUAACUCAGUGCGUAAUGGUGUUAAUGGUGUUAAUGGUGUUAAUGGUGUUAGUGGGUACAGUAGUGGUUUUGGAUCCAGCACAACUCUCCAUAGUUCUGAUUUAUCGAGCUCCUACACCUUUUCUAGUUCUCUAAACCCUGUGACUGACACCUACCAACCACCCCAUCAGACGACCUCAUUAACUAUCAACGACAUGUACACCCCAUCACACCAUAUCUCGAGUGUAAGUGACGUGUACCAACUUCCCCAUAACCAACCUACACUACCCCAUGAACAGAUCUACGUCACCCCUACCCAUGAUCCACACCCAGAACACCUCACUCACCUCCACAACACCCCAUCUUUCUCACCUGUGGGGAGGAACAACAUCAUUCACGGCACAACUAACAACCUCUCACCAAACCAAAUGACGAAUAUAUACGAAACGACGAAACAAAAUCGACCUCACACGCACGAAAUAUCUCAUGGGUCACCUUCAGGGCUUAAAGUCACAGAGAUAUUCCCUAAUAGUGGUAACCCAGAGUAUAAUAAUCAAGUCAAUGAUGUGUAUACCACUGGUGGCUAUAACUCUGAACCCUUGCAAGGAAUGAUAGAGACUUACCAGGGUCAAGUUUCUCCCUCAUUUACUGUUUCGAAGGUCUAUCAGGUUACACAUGACACGGCGCCAUUAGCUGUCAUGGAUCCCUUGGCUAUCACGGAUAUCUAUCAUUCCCCUCAAGAAAUUAUCCCACUAACUGUCACGGAUAUUUACCAGUCUCCCGUUAACAAUAUCCCCUCGACUGCCACGGAUAACUACCAGGAACACCAUAACACGUCCCCACUAUCAACACCUGAGCUACACGACUCCUCCAGUAACAUUGAAACAAUCCUCGAGGUAAAUGAAAUCUUUGGUUCUUCACAUGAAUUUACUGCAGCUCCUGACCUCAACGAGAUCGUCACUACUCCUCUCUUCCGUGAUUCUGUGAGGAAUUUAUCAAGGCCGUAUGAACAACCUCUCCACAGUGUGCUACUCCUCCAGAAGGCCAUACCGUUGACAAUACAAAUGUCUCCUCUCGUGUCUGAUGGGACUAAGACAUUCACGUUUAAAGCAAAUUCUCCAUUACGGUCUUCAUCUUCUACACGCUCUGAUGGGUCUACAGCAUCGACAUUCAGACCAUCAUUACUCUUAUCUCCACGUUCUGAUGGGUCUACAGAGUUUACGUUCAGACCUAGACCAUCCAUUCUCCCAGCUUCUUCUCACAGUUCUGAUGGGUCUUCUAUAUUCACAAUCAGAGCCAAAUAUUGAUCAUCAGUCGACAAGAAAAUAUCUGCCACUCAGAAGCUUUAUGGGUGAUGGCAACUAUUGAUAAGGAACGUUCUUAUCAGCCCCCAAAAAAUACGAUAUCUUUAUCUUUUAAAUACGAUAACCUUUUCUUUUGUCUCGAUACUAUUGUACUCAAAAGGUUAAGUCAUCGUACUCAAAAGGUUAAGUCAUCGUACUCAAAAGGUUAAGUCAUCGUAC